AUGACAUGGUGGAAAAGGAACGACGGUUUCUGGACUGUCUGGGACCACCUCCAGCACUCUCCCAUCCUCGACGAGACAUCCGAAGAGGAGAGAGAUUUUGAAGACCAGGUCAACCAAGAGGUCGAAGAGCGGAGACGGAACAGAUCCCGGCGUCGUCCUCAGGAAUGUAUUACGCCGACUGCACCGUCUCUCGAGCCAGCGGCAUACGAGGUCGCCUUAUCCUCCGCCAAGCAACGCCAGGCAGAGCUUCAUCCUGCAAUGGCUGAGGCUAGUCGCUCCGAAGAGCAACCUCUUGGGCAAUUGACUUCAGCACCAUCUCCUGCGCUGCUUCCGCCAUCAAUAGCUCAUGGGACCACCACCGAUGCGACACAAACGUUCACCUCGAAAGAUGCUGCUAAUCACGUUUCGGGCAGGAGCACAUCGAAUCGCUCUUCUCCUGUUGUCGGGGGCUGGUCUACUGCCCGCGACGAGUGUAUGUCGCACGCGGUAGAUGAUCCGGUGUACUCUGAGGCAUCCGCCCAAUGCAGCAGGCCAGCCCGAGCACAGCCUGCAGCUAGGCCUUCAGCACCUUUACCUUCCUUCCGUGGCUCUCAUAUACUCCAAACCUCUACACCACAAGCCCUUCGAGCAACCGACUCAACGGCCCAAGAAAUUCCAACUCCCAAAGAUACCCCUCAGGCCCCCACUGCCGCUCUCCUCGUCCCCGCCGAGACACCGGUCAGGAAGAUAUCCGUCCCUCAGAACCGGCGUCUACAGGUGAUCGACACUCCUGAGCAAGUCUCAUCUCCAAUCAACACGCCCAUCGAUACUCUUACCCCCGAGAGACCAGGUGCCAUUGGCAAGAGAAAACGUCUCAACGCUGGUACGCCAGUGCUUCGCGGGAAGCAGCAAUCAACCAGUUCGAGAUCUCUUCAGCAAAGUGAUGGUGGAGCUGCCGAAGGAGAAGUGAAGAAGGGACAAAUGAAGAAGGGACAAAACAAGAAGGGAAAGGGCAAGCAAGCAAUAGAGAAGCCAGAGACCUCUCAAAUUUUCAAGGAUUUUGUAUUUUUCUAUGCGGACGCCCGUAAGAAGCUUCGCCAGGAGCGAUGCGGUAUCAUCCAUGACCAUGGUGGCUCCCAUGUCGACCAAACAGAUGACACCAUCACACACGUCAUAUUCGAAGGCAAGGCUCGGGGGACGCUCAAAGGCUUUCUGAAAAUCUCAUCUCUCGACGAUCUACCAGAGGGGACAGAAGUCGUCAAUUGGAACUGGCUGGCUCUUUGCAUCGAAACGGUAGGUCUGCACACUUGGCAGAACACGAUCCGGAUAUCACAGACACUAUCUGGCAGGUCAAUUCACAUUAAAGGGGGUCACAUACUGACUGGACUUUCCCCUAGCUCUCGUUCGGACACUGAAUCUGAACCCGAAGAAUCUCUGCCGAAGAAAAAAGCGAGGGAUUCCCUGGGCUUCACCGCUCGCAUCCGUCACGCCGAACAGGUCGCCAAAGGCACAUUUGGUUCCUCGAAACCCCGGCCUGUCGAGCUCCAGUCUGCAGGGCCAAGCGGUCGGGGUGUGCAUGAUGUGAAUACGGUACACGGAAUGACGAGCGAUGCAGGAGUGGGAUGGAAGAAGGGAAAACAAGGCGGGACGGAUGGUCUGGAUGAGGUCAUCGAGGGUGUCAAGGAGGGAGGUCUGCUGGAUGCAGAGGUUCAGAGCGCUGUACAAAUCGCCAGUAACGACCAUGAUGCAGAUGAAGAUGAUGGCAACCCCAACCCGCUCGCCGACAGGUUCAUGUUUGGGCGCAAGAACGACAAAGUCGGCAAAGAUGGUCCGAAUGAGUUUUUGGCCAAAAAGUUUGAAGAACUACACGAGCUGUAUGAGGGGCAACCAGGUAAAAAUGCUUUCUCAAUCAGAAUGUAUCAGCAAGCUGCUGCUACUAUGCGACGAAUCACAAUUCCCAUCACCAAUGGGAAACAAGCCAAAAGCAUCAAGGGCAUUGGCGACAGUCUCGCCGAGAGGAUCGACGAGUUUCUGAGCGGCAAUACUGGCCGAGCAGACUAUGAAGACAAUGAGCAAGCCCGCUGUAUCCGGCUCUUCAAGGAUGUGUACGGUGUCGGUCGACAGAUGGCAUACAGUCUCUACCAACAGGGCGCGCGAACUAUCGCCGAUCUUCGUACAGGUAAAUACCCUCUCACCCCCGGGCAGCUCAUCGGUCUCGAGCUCUACGACGACCUCAAUACGCGGAUACCUCGGUCCGAAUGCAAGCAGCUGUACGACCUCAUCCGGGAAGAAGCUAUGGGGAUCGAUGACAAGCUCUGGGUGGAGAUCAUGGGGAGCUAUAGGAGGGGGCAGGAGGAUAGUGGAGAUGUGGAUAUCUUGAUCACCAGGGACGAUAGGGACGGGGUGACACACGCGGGUGUCUUGGGGAGGUUGGUGGGGAGACUGAAGAAGAAGGGAAUCAUCACUCAUGAUUUGAGCGAACCCGGUGAUUGGCAUGCGUUAGAGUCAAAAUGGAUGGGUGUGGGCAGGGUGCAUUCUGAGGGCAAGUUCCGUCGCAUAGAUAUUCUGUGCAUACCCUUCAAGUCAUGGGGUGCCUCUCUGAUAUACUUUACUGGAAACGAGCUCUUUAAUAGGUCUUUACGCCUGUACGCGAGGAAGCUUGGCUUCAGUUUGAACCAACGGGGUCUUUACAAAGGCGUUGUCCGGGGAAGAGACGGGACCAAGACUGUUGCUGGUGAUUUGAUUGCAUCAAAGACAGAAGAGGAGAUAUUCGAUAUCCUGGGGGUGCGAUGGAGACAUCCGCAUCAUAGGAAGCCGUAA